GCAUGAAGAGGGAAUGAGGACAGGACAGCUCGGCAGAUAUUUUUGAACUUCAGAGUUGAUUUGUCACCUUCUGAUCAACAGUACUGAAGAUGCAUAGUAUUCACUUGAAUCUAGACUUUAGAUAACAAUGAUGUAAUAUUUCUUUUGACAGAUAACGACAAUAGGAAAUGAAAUAACACAGGGAAAGAACAAAUUGGAAGUAGGAAAAAAAGAACAAGAGGCUACUGGAACAUUUGGCUGCAUGGGCAUAUGAACAGUAUAUCCAGCAGCAGGUACAACAGGUCUUGGCAGAGGUGACUGACAGCAGGAAUAAACUGUCCUGUGACAAAGGAGAACUUCAGAUGGCAAACUUGCAGCGUCAGCUGGAGGCAGCAAAGGACAAUAACAGUAAGGUGACAACAAUGCUGGAGCACGCGUUAGCUUCUCAUAGCAAGAUGCAGGCAGUUCUGGAUGCAGUACAAACAGAGUUGGGACACAAGGAUGCUGAAAUCAGCAACUGCAGAUAAGACAGAAGCCAGAGUCAGCAGAAAAUGCAGAUGUUAGAAACGGAAUUGGAACAUCACAAAGCCAAACUGGUUGCCAUGGAAAGGCAGCACAGCAGCCAGUUGGAACCACUUUCUAAGGCACUAGAAGUUGCUAGAAUGGACAAAAAGACACUUGCUCUUUGUUUGGAAGAAGUUCAGCAGGCCAAUAACGUCCUGCAGAGUAAGCUGAUCCACACUCAGUAUGACCUGAAAAGUAAAGAAGCUGAGCAUCAACAGCUGAUGGCCUGCAGGGAGCAGUUAAUGGAAAAACUUAAGACUGAGGAAAAGAUGCACAUAGAAAACGUAGAGACUUUGAAGAAGCAGUUCCAUGCCAAACAAGAGGUUUCUAGGAAGGCUGCCCAUCGAGAGUCUACUGAGAAGGCUCUUCAAGGCUCAUCCUCUAAAUUUGCUGAAGUUUCCUGUGCUAACAAGGAGCUGCUGCAGAAAGUGAUAGAGCUGGAGAAGACUUUGUCCAGUUACUGGGAAAAGCUAAAAAGCCAAAGAGCUCAAGAGAUUGAACUGAGAGAAAUGGAAGCAAUAAAGGAGGAAUAUCAGAAGAAGAAUUACGAACAGUCACAGCACAUCCAACAAUUUGUGUCAGAGUUGAAGAGUUUGCGUAGUGAGAUGUAAAUAUUGUUGGAAAACCAACAUAAAGUGCAAGUACAGAACAGGCAGCUGGAGACCCAGCUAGAAGUGGAGAGAAGGCGAGUGCAUCAGUUGGAAAAUGAGCGUCAGAAAAAAACAACCCAACAUCUGAAGAAAUGUAAAGAGGAAAUAGAAAACCAACUGAAACAAGCCAGUAUGGUGUCAGAACAGAUGACAAAUAACCUGAAAGAAGCCCAGCGCUGGUUCAAAUCAGAGUUUGACAGCCUGCAGCUAGAUUGUCUGAAAAACCACUGGCCAGUGAACUUCGAAGACAGCAGCUCCAAGGAGAUAAUUCAUCAGCCUUCUCCAUAA